CGCGGGCCGCUAAUCGAAUAGGGCUGGUGUACAGAAUCUGUCCAAGCUGACUAGUGCAUGUGUUUGAUAUACAGUGUGAAGAUUAUUUCUUUCGGUUUCCUCGGGUGAGAAAAUGUGCUCUGUAGUCAGAGGUGUGACGGAAAGAGGAGGGUUCAAAGAGAGAGAGAGAGAGAGAGAGAGAGAGAGAGAGAUCCAAGGACAAACGACACCGAGGGGAGGGGAAACACACUCUCAGUCACACACAGCCUCAGUAAGAGACAGAGCAGAUCUUGACAUUGUGAGGAAGAGGCAUGUUUUCAUCCGAGGAGCACCCAGGACAGCACAAUAGCUCCUAAAGCUGCUGAGACAGAUACUUGCCAAGGACUACAAACACACACACACACACAGAGAGAGAGAGAGAGAGAGAGAGAGAGAGAGAGAGAGAGAGCAAAGCAAGCAGAGGGAAGGACAGAAGCAUUUCAGAGGGCAGAACAGGGUGGAAGAGGCAACAUUUGCAGGUUUAUUGUGGACCUAAACAUCCUUAAAAAGCUGCAUUUUGGGGUUUCUCUUCCUCUCUGCACACGGACAUCCACUCUGUCUCUUGCUGUCUGCAGACAGCUCCCACUGCUGCUGCUGUGAGGUUAUAGUCUUUUGCUUCUGUGCACAGCACCAGAAAAGACUGCUUUGUAGUCCAAGACCAUGAGUGAGUCGAAGAAAGGUGAGCUAGCCAUCAGGGAUAAAGCCAUCCUGCACCAGCAGAGGCGCCUGAAGCAGGCCACCCAGUUCACACACAAGGACUCAGCUGACCUCCUGCCCCUGGAUGGGCUGAAGAGACUGGGCACAUCCAAAGACUUGCAACCUCACAGCAUUGUCCAGCGGCGCCUGCUGGAGGGAAACAUCACGCGGCUCCGAGGCGAGGCCCGAGAUCUGAGCUCCAGGGUUCGCUCCCCGCUGGCCGACACCAAGGAUGGACCUGCUGACGCCGAGGAGAGAAGCGAGAGCACAGCCGAUGACUCCACAGAGGAGAGGGAGUCUCUGGAGGAAAGCGAGAGAAGCCUACGGUCAGAUGAAGAGGACGACAGCAGCGAAGCUGGAGCCAGACCGACAGCUGAGAAGACUGAGGGCACGGAGAGCUCCACCCUCCUCACAGCUCUGGUUGUUCAAUGCAAGUGCUGCGAGACUGAAGUCAAGGCAUCCAUCAGCACCGGCAGCCAACAUAACCACAUCUCCACCUCCUGCUGUCAGAGGCUGGGGCUCGUGCCCAGUCAGGACAGUUCACCAUGUGGUGCGAGCAGCUCAGUGACAGGUUUGCAGCUGCAGCUGGGCAGACAGACAGUCCAGUGUUCAGCCUAUGUCAAAGAGGAUGAGGCGUUUGAGCUGUGCCUGGGUCUUCAGACUCUGUUGGAACUUAAAUGCUGCCUGGACCUGAGCAGUCGGGUCCUAAAGCUGCAGGGCUGCGGCGAGGAGCUGCCUUUCCUGAACCCUUUGACAGACAGCAAGUGCCAACACGACACCAACGAGAACCUGUGAGCCCGACUCAGCGACCACUUUCCUCAAAUCUCGACUGGUUGCAGCAAAGUGGCGCGAUGCUGUUUGUGUCUGGACCGUUCGAUCACACACUGCCAGAACAUGGAUGAGCAUUCGCCACCGUCGUUCUUGAGUUUACAUCAUUGUGUUUGUAGAAUUAUGACAUUCACCAUGAUUAUCUCUUAUAUUAAAUUAGUCUAGUUUACAGAGCGGAUGAAAGCCACUUAAAAGCCAAUCCAAUCUCUGAGUCUAAUAAUUCUUUAUGAUUAUAAUGUAUAUUCAAACCAAUUGCUCUGUUGAGCAGCUUGGAUACACUGAUGCUCUCUAAAAGGGAAAAACUAUUAUACUCAUUCAAAGUGAACUUUAGUGGAAUAUUUUGUGAUUUGGCUGUGAAUUACUUUAAACCUUAGUGUUUCAGUUUAGACAGUGUUAAAGGAAUAGUUCUAUAUUGUGGGACACAUAUGAGAAGAUACCACCUCAAGCUGGUUAGCUUAACUUAGCAUAAAGACUGGAAACAGAGGAAAACAGCUAACCUGGCUCUGUGUAAAAGGUAACAAAGUCCACCUUCGAGCACCUCUAUAGCUCACUAAUUAACAUACUCCACCUCUGUUUAAUGUGUACGAACAAUCAAGUUGUGGUGUUAUGGUGAAGUCUACACCUGGCUGAGAAAUAGUCUAGCACACAACCCCCCAUUUGAAGUGAUUUUAAAGUUUUAAAGUUUUUUUACAACUGGACUAAUGUUGAGGUCAGUUUAGUCGAGUUCGCAUUUGCUACCACUUGGAGUGCAGAAACUGCACAUUUCAACCAUUUAUACAUGACUUUUAGCUUUAAAUAUUUAACAAUUUAUCUGACAUAUAAAUUAGUAUUUCCCUUCUAUUUAGCCGUUACUUUUAGCUUACCAUUUCAACAGUUUAUCCAUAAAUUUUAGCAAUUUCAACCAUUUAUACAUUACUUUUAGCUAACUAUUUCAAGUGUCUCACCAUUACAUUUAGCAUUAUAUAGCAAAUGUUUUGCAUUUAGCUUUAUAUUUCAACCAUUUGAAAUUUAUGGCAACAACUGUUUUGAUGCAUCUGCUCGCUUGCUAACUAGUUUUCAUGAGUAAGCUUUAGAGUUGGUUUUAGGUGGAUUUUGUCAACUCUGGAAGUAAGCUGUUUCACUAACAUCUGCUGGCUGUAGCCUUACAUUUAUCCAACAGUUGUGUGAAAAAGUGUAUUUACCAAAAUGUUAAACUAGUCCUUUAAAAAUGAACAGGACUCAUCUAAAAAGUUUCGGUAGCCUACUCAGGAUGCCCUUUCCAGUGUGUUAAAAGGAAAUUUUGAGAAGCCUUGAAGUUUUUUGAAGUGUUGUUUAAUUAGGUUGGGGUCAGGCUACCUCCUUAAGAGAUAAAGAUGGAUUCUCAUCUGGAUUUUUGAAAGACAUCUGAGGAAAAUGCCAAUUUCUGAUGUACUUAUAUUCAGCUUUGUAAAGCCCCUUAGCUCUUUAUUUCCCCAUCAGAAGACAAACGUUUUCCAGGAGCACAUUUCCAGUCUAUCACGAAUGCCUAAACUAAAUUACAGUAGUUCUCUCUAAACCCCUUCUAAUAAAAAUAGACUUCAGGCCAGCCAGCAAAACAUAUGAGUCAGACUCAGAUACAGAAAUAUAAAAACAUUCCAUCUGCAUGACUUUGUAAAGUUCUGCCUUUGUAUAAGUCUGCAUGUUUGUGUACUAGUCUGAUUGUGUCACGCUGAACGUCUGAAGGGGCUGUAUGUGUGUGUUUAUGCGUGCCUGUGUGUGAGUUAGGAGUCUGAGCAAGGUUUUUCUGCCUUGUUUUGGCUUUUGUUUCACAUGGGAAAAAAGUGGAAUAGGAUCUUCCCCAAACCGGUCCACCGAGCUCCGGUCACAACAAGCUGCCAAAAGCUGACCCCAGCUGCCUUCCCUCUCUGCCUCUUUGAGGAGAUUCUCAUUACUCGGCUGAGGCUGCGUUCUGUGCCAAGGCCCCUCUUAAAGCUCAUCUUUCUCUUUAUUCAGAGGACGGUUCUUUGAACUUUGUGUAUUUACCACCAUUUUUGGCUGAUGUUAUUCACUUUGACGCCUCAUUUUUGCUGACUUGCCUGUCACAAGAGAAAAGGAAACAACUCCCCACUACAGUGACACCUGCCUCUCUCAUCUCCCAGUGUUUUAAAGGGUGUGGAGAAUCAAGAACUGCCUCAGCUCAUGCUCUGCUUUAAUAAACACCUGAGCCGUGCCGUGCUUUUGACUGUGCUACAGUAUCCAUCUAACCUCUUUGUGGAGGACUGGUUUGUUUUUCCUUGAUGUACCUAGUGACCUUCCUACGCUGUACGAGAGUAAUCGAUGUAUGACAGAAAUUUAUUUUUAGUGUUUCUCCUCUUCUGAACAGUAUUUUCUCUGCCUAAUAAAGUAUGUAUUCUGGCUA